AUGCAUGAAGACUUGCGCCGCAGGGCCCUCGAGAGCGGCAAGACCGUCUCCAACAAGGCCAAAUCCAAGCAGUCAUCAAGAGGGAGUUCGCGCGGCAAUUCGGCGCCCAAUUCGCGAAGUGCCUCUCGCAUCCAGAGCAGAGACGUCUCGGACGACGAGGAUUUAGACAAGGGCAAUCUCAGUGAUGACACGACCCAGAGUAUUAAUUCGAUCGAUGCUCUCCUCGAAACCGACGACAUCAAUGAGCAGACUUCGGACGCCGCUCGACAGGAGUUGAACGACGUUAUCGCGGAACUGCUCGAUCGGAAAGGGAGCAGCAACAAGAGCAGGGAAGAUGCGCUGACUACAUAUGUCAAAUGCUUGACCUCGCACUAUCUGGCCGAGGUCCUCUACGGCCGCGUUGAAGACCUCUUGGGCGCGUUCAGCCGAAGCAUCAAGGCAGAAACGAGCGAGAAAGAAACGACUUUGGCCUUGAGGGCCAUGGCACUUACUGCCAUCACGUUCGCCGAUGGCAGCCUUUACGACACGGUCGCGGCGUCCUUGAAACGGUCCAUCUCCGAUUCUCAGUCCACUUCGGUCAAGGCUGCGGCAAUCUAUGCCAUCGGGAUCUGCAUUUCGUUCGGUGGCGCGGGAGAAGAAGAGAUCCUGGACGUCAUGACUUUUUUAUUGGAGAUUGCGUCGAGUGACGGGGCGUUUGUUGAUGCAGACGACAGUGCCGAAGUUGUCACCGCCGCCUUAAACACGUACGGCUUCCUGGCCACUCAAGUGGAAGAUCUCGAGCAGGAGUCGGAGGAUGCGGUUGCGACAUUCCUCGACCAGCUUGAUGCAGACGACGCCAAAGUCCAAGUAUCGGCGGGCGAGAACAUUGCUUUACUGUACGAGAAAAGCUACACGCCGCGCGAGGAAGACGAUGAGUCGUCGGAGGAGGACGAGGAGAUACCUGAAGACGAACUGCCCCAUGACCGGCCUCACAUGCGGUCCUACCUGGUCAAACGGUACAACCCGUACCACAACACGCACGAGGUGCUGGAAAAGGUGACGGCACUCUCGUCGCUCAGUACCAAGUCGAUGAAUCGACGAGACAAGAAGUCACUGCACCAAUCGUUCGCCAGCAUUGUCCUAACGGUGCAAGACCCCCGACUGGGGCUCCAGUCCAACAACGCCUCCAAGAUGGUGGUGCGGGUGCAUCGGGAAGGCGAGAUGCGAGUGGACAAAUGGUGGAAGUUGAUGCGGUUGCACGCCAUUCGAAGGCUCCUUGGGGGAGGGUUUGUCAAUCACUACUUUGAAGGCAACAAACAGGUGUUGGACGCGUUGCCGAUGAUUAUGCGGGGCAUUGGAAGUUCCGGCAUGCCGAGUCCUCGAAAGAUGGGCGGCAACAAGACGCAGAAGGGCAAAUACCGCGACGUGCGACGCUUUGUGUCGGCCGACCUGACGGCGACUUGA